GUAAAUUCAGUAUAAAUGAAUCAACGAUGCAAUGCUCUCCUUAGUAUAUGAAUACGAUAUUUUGUAAAGUGCACACUUUUCGAUUUUAUAUCUGUUGUAGACUUGUAGAUGACUUUAAAGUUAAAAAAAAGCAACGCAAAGAGCGACUGCGAGGGUGAUCAGAAAAGUUGGUGAGGAAUUUCCGAGCUUUUCCCAAGGAAUUCUUGCCUUCCGAAUGAACCUUGCAAGAUGGCCGACGACGAAGGAGUUGAUGGGUUAGUAAUUGUAAGGUGAAAAAUAUAUAUUUUCAUGUAUUUUCUGUAUUUCUAACAAGAAAUGUAUUUCACUCAGGUUUGAUGAUGAUGUUGAGCAAUAUGAUGAUGAGGAACCACUGGAAGAUGUCGACGAUUUAGAGGUAUUUUAAAUUGAAGUAUUGAACUUGAACAUCAGAACAUGUUUAAUCACUUUAAUAUAAAUGCAUGUGGCUUUAAUUUCGCUCGGGCCACCCCAUUGAUCCAGACAGUGAUGUACAUUAAUAUACAACAAAUGCAUGCAACAGCAUAAACAUAAAUAAUAUAUACUAAUAUUGAAUAUGCCCGACUGGCUAAUAUAGAAAACAUCAAAAUUGCAUGCCCGAGAUAUCUCGGUUUGCACGAUACAAACUUUCCAGUUUCCACACUGGAUGGGAAGUAACAUUUCUGAUUCAUGUGCUUGAUCGGGUGUUCGAUGCGGGGGUUAGGGUGAAUAUUAUGGUUUUAUUACUUAAGAGAUUAUAGCACCGGAUGCCAGGUUUAAUAUUUGUCAACAUCAGGUGCCCACAAUGAACCCCUGGCAACUCUGCAGGGUCAGGACUUUGGAUAAAACAGCUCUUUAAUAAAUUAGAUAUUGCCAAAAUUACCUGCACUCUCAAACUUAAUUUCAUGACUUUGUAUAGCCUGUUGAUGAUGGUGGUGGAUUUGAAAUCUUACCAGAAGGGGAAGAGGGUACAGAAUCAGCAAAACGGGUUACCACACCCUACAUGACAAAAUAUGAAAGGGCUAGAGUUCUUGGUACGAGAGCCUUACAGAUAAGUAUGGGAGCACCAGUCAUGGUAGAGCUUGAGGGUGAAACAGAUCCAUUGCAAAUUGCUAUGAAAGAAUUAAAAGCACAGAAGAUACCAAUCAUUAUUCGUCGGUACAUGCCAGAUGGAAGUCAUGAAGACUGGGGCAUUGAUGAACUUAUUGUGACUGAGUAAAAUAUCCAACAAACUAUUUCAGCUUAUUUUUAACAGAGAUCUUCUAUUUAAAAGCAGUUUCAGUGAUUAUUCAGGUUCAAGUCUGUAUGAAGGAUGGGCAGCUUUAUCCAGUUGAUAAGUGAUUUUUUCGACCUUAAUAAAAAUGUCAGAAAAGUUGUGAAACUAUGGACAUAUAUCCAAACAAAAACUUUAAUUUAUAAAUCACUAUCCAGUGGAUAGUGCUAUACUGUUCAACCUCUGUAGAUUAUAUAGCCAGGCCCAGAAAUACUGACAAUAAACAGGCUAGUUUUAAGUUUUAAAGUUCAUUUUACUGUACAUCAACUACAUUUCCAAUAUUUCGAUGUUUAAGAUUGUGAUUUGUUAUUUGAAUUUAGCAACAAGUAACAGGGAUGGAUCCAGCAUGGUCUUUUAGGGGGGGUGCUCCGCCAAAAAUUUUUUUCGGAAAGCAACAACCUCCCCCCCAUCGACAACUUUUUAGGGAAAAUUUUUUUCCGGACGAGUACGUUGCAAUUGCUUUCCAGUGACUUUACACAUCCAUCAACUUGCUUAACCACUGCAAAGUCUAGCUACAGUAUUUGAAUUGUAAUUCUUGUUCACAGUUCGCUUAUCAUCAUGUUAUUACUCAAAUUACUGAAUCUCAUUUUGUCUCUGAUAAUUUUUUGCUUUAUCAUGAAAAAUAGCACCCCCCCUGCACCCCUCCUGGCCAGGGCUAGGGGGGGGUGUGCACCCCCCCGCACCCCCC